UGCCCAGAACGUACUUCAGAUCAAGAAAACAGGAAAAUUUGUCCCAAGCGCGAUUCUGGGCCACCGCCACGACCAACACGGCGCGUUCCCGACAAUGGAGGAGCCGGCGCGAAAGAAAAGAAGAACUAUAUCGCCAGAACCAGACGAAAGACCUUCAAGCCCUCUCAAGCAACCCCCGCGACGACCCUCCUCGGCAUUUCAUACAGCAACUGGCCCCGAUAGACUACAAAGUCCACUCAAACAGCCGCCUCGACGACCAUCUGUGUCGCCGACGAAAGCAAGGCCCGAUCGAUCAUCGAGCCCCCUUAAGAAGCCUCCGAGAAGACCGUCGUUCGCAUCCCCAACUAAAGCUAGCCUUGCGCGCAAUUACCCUAAUCUACUGUCGCGGCGCUCACCGUCACCGCAACCAGUAAUCACCAGACGAAACGAUAAACAGAGCACCUAUGUCAAUGGCACAGAAGUGCGCGCGCGUGCAAUUGGGAGCAAGGGCAUACAUACAGGGCUAGAGCAAGACGCCGACACAAAUGGUGAUAGUCGUAAAGCGAAUGGGGCUGCGCGGGGAUUGAAUUCGGGGAGAGUGCUCCAGACCUCUCGCCCUGUUCAGAGAGAGGAAAUAGAGCCGGAAGAGUCAGAUCUCCCUCUGACGCCACUACAAAAAGAGGUCUCUCGGCCGGGCAAGAGGCGGCAAAACUUGGAGGCAGCUGCGGAAGAACCUACUGGUCCAUCGAAACAACCACGCGUUGAACAACAAAAUACCAAUGGAGUAAAGGAAGUAGAAGAACUCGGGGAAAAUGCGAACGAAAACCAGAAGAGCCCACAACAUCCUGAUCCAGCUCUGGAGCAGAAGAAAAGGGAAAUGAAACAACUUACGCAGGAGCUGGAGGAGCUGGAGAACCAGGUGUCGCGAUGCACAGAAGAAAUUGUCAAGAUUCAAGGACAAUCCCCGACGCAUGUACUUCCUCCGAAAGAGAGAGAAGACCUAAUUUCCUUCAUCGACACGAUCAGCAAAACAAGUCCAGAUAAUGAGGAGGAAAAGCCCGCAUCUCUAUCAAAUCUGCUCUGUUCAUUUCUCCCUUUCUCUACGCAGACGAUACCUCUGCCACACUCAAGAUUACCCAAGUCGAAACCAGUACCCUCACACCGCCCGCUUGCAUUGGAUGAUCCACUUCCAUACCUACAAAUGUUCACGAAUUUGGACAUGACCACUCAACUCGACCUGCCCAAGGGAGAGACACCCUCUGGCUCAGAUCACGUUCACCAGAAACACACCAUACAAUUAACGGCACCUCAGAAACUCCUUGCAGCAACAAUUGAUCUCGUUAUCGACAUACAGACCAGCACCAUUGUCGACCUUCAGAUCAUUCGCCUGUCCUACUGGGCUGAACGUGAACUUGGCACAUUCAUCAGGGAAAAAUCUCUGCAGCACGACCUUAGCAACGCCUGCUGGGCUAUAGGGUCUUAUUGGGAACUUGCCCGAAAACGCGCCGAAUUCUGGCACAAAUGCGAGGCUGCCUUUGCACAUUUGCUUCCUGGUCAGACGAAUGAUGACACAGAGAAUGUUAUUCAACGGCAACAAGACGCUAAGACCAUGUCGAGGAAGGUGCUGAACCGACACCUUGGGCGGGAUAUGCUGCUGUUGCAGGAUCACCAUGUGAUGUUACAGCUCAACUGGGCAAUUGAAUUCGACUGGACUGGCGAAGCGAACUCGAAUGUCGGCGUGAGAGCUGCCGUGCCUCAAGUGUGGACCGAAACAGAUGAAGGCAUGAACUUCGACAAGAUACCAGAGACUUUCGAUAUGUUACUGCAGAGCAAAGGAGCUUUCGCAGCGACUAAAACUAUGGUGGCGUUGCUGUUUGCUGAGGAGCAGUGA